AUGGAAUCGUCAUUAGUGGAAAAUGCUCCACCCAUUUCCACAAGCAGUGGUGACCGGAGCUUGAGUUUCAGGGAGACGUUUAUGGCUGCGGCACUGGGCGUGUUCAGCGCGAGUAGUCGCCACUCGCACAACGAUGACGAAGACGAACUCAAAUGGGCUGCUAUUGAGCGUUUGCCAACUUAUGACCGCAUAAGAAAAGGGUUGCUGAAGCAAGUCCUUGAUGAUGGAAAAGUUGUGUCUCAUGAAAUUGAUGUUACCAAGCUUGGUUUCCAUGACAAGAAGACUCUAAUGGAUACCGUGUUCAAGGUUGUGGAGGAAGACAACGAGAAGUUCUUACGUAGAGUCAGAGACAGAGUUGAUAGUGUGGGGAUUGAUGUUCCAAAGAUUGAAGUGCGGUACGAGAAUUUGACGGUGGAGGGAAAUGUGCAUGUUGGGAGCCGAGCCCUUCCUACCCUCCGUAAUACUGCUCUCAACUUUUUGGAGAGUAUUAUGGGAAUGUUUCACUUUGCACCCUCCAAGAAGAAAGAAAUUCAGAUUCUUAGAAACAUCAGUGGAAUCAUCAAACCCUCAAGGAUGACAUUACUUUUGGGUCCUCCAGGGGCAGGAAAAACAACGUUGCUUUUGGCACUUGCAGAAAAACUUGACCAGGAGUUGAAGGUUUCUGGGAGAAUUACAUAUUGUGGGCAUGAACUAGAUGAAUUUGUUCCUCAAAAAACAAGUGCCUACAUUAGCCAAGAAGACCUUCAUCAAGGACAAAUGACGGUUAGAGAGACAUUAGAUUUUUCAAGACGUUGUUUAGGUGUUGGAUCAAGGUAUCAAAUGUUGGCAGAAAUUUCAAAAAGAGAAAAAGAAGCAGGAAUUAUGCCAGAUCCUGAGAUUGAUGUGUUCAUGAAGGCUAUAACAUUAGCUGCAGGCAACAAAACUAGUUUGAUCACAGAAUAUGUUCUCAAGAUACUUGGAUUGGAUAUUUGCGCUGAUGUUGUGGUUGGCUGUGAAAUGACAAGGGGCGUUUCUGGUGGACAAAAGAAGCGCGUCACCACAGGGGAGCUGUUGGUAGGACCAGCAAAUGUACUCUUAAUGGAUGAAAUAUCAACAGGAUUGGACAGUUCCACCACUUUUCAGAUAUGCAAGUUCCUGAGGCAAAUGGUUCAUAUCAUGGAUAUAACCACCGCCAUUUCUCUUCUACAGCCAGCACCAGAGACAUUUGAACUGUUCGAUGACAUUAUCCUACUUUCAGAAGGUCAAAUUGUGUACCAAGGUCCACGUGAGAAUGUGCUCGAGUUCUUCGAAUGCAUGGGUUUCAAGUGUCCUGAAAGAAAAGGAGUAGCUGAUUUUUUACAAGAAGUAACAUCAAAGAAAGACCAAGAACAAUAUUGGUAUAGAAAAGAUGAACCAUACAGCUAUAUUCCAGUUGCUGAGUUUGUGCAAUCCUUUAACUCGUUUCCCACAGGAGAGCAACUUAAGAGAGAACUUGGGGUACCCUAUGAUAAGAGUAGAACACAUCCUGCAGCCAUAGUGAAACAAAAAUAUGGUGUACCAAACUGGGAACUAUUGAAGGCAUGUUUUUCAAGAGAAUGGUUGCUUAUGAAGCGUAAUUCUUUUGUUUACAUAUUUAAGACAACACAGAUAACAAUCAUGUCUAUUUUGGCUUUCACUGUGUUCUUUAGAACAAAAAUGCCAGUGGGCAACGUUGAAGAUGGGAGAAAAUUCUAUGGAGCACUAUUUUAUGGCCUAUUUAAUAUGAUGUUUAAUGGGAUGCCAGAACUAGCCAUGACUGUUUUCAGGCUUCCUGUCUUUUUCAAACAGAGAGAUCUCAUGUUCUAUCCUGCAUGGGCAUUUGGGUUGCCUAUGUCGAUUCUUCGGAUCCCUCUCUCCUUGAUGGAAUCAGCCAUAUGGACUAUCCUUACAUACUAUACAAUUGGAUUUGCCCCUGCAGCUCACAGAUUCUUUAGACAAUUCUUGGCAUUCUUCGCUGUUCAUCAGAUGGGUAUCUCUCUUUUUCGGUUCAUGGCUGCAGUUGGUAGAACACAAGUUAUGGCUAAUAUACUAGCAUACUUAACCUUGCAACUGGUAUUCGUGCUAGGAGGCUAUGUUAUUGCUAAAGAUGAUAUUGAGUCAUGGAUAAGAUGGGCUUAUUACGUUUCUCCUAUGACUUAUGGUCAGAAUGCCAUAGUAAUAAAUGAAUUUUUAGAUGGAAGAUGGAGUAAGCCAAAUACAGACCCUAGACAUGAUGCACCUACAGUUGGAAAAUUACUUCUCAAGUCUAGAAGCUUUUACUCAGAAGAUUAUUGGUUUUGGAUAUGCAUUGGAGCAUUGUUUGGGUUUGCUCUUGUUUUCAAUCUUAUGUUCAUUGCUGCGUUGACUUAUUUGAAUCCUCUCGAAAACGCAAAAGCAUUCAUCAUGGAUGAAGGUGACAAGAAUGAUAAAAAGUCAACCUCUAUUCCGCAAACUGUAGCAGAUGAAGGAGAAUCAUCUAAUCAGAAACCAAGAACAGGAAUGGUUUUGCCAUUUCGACCUCUUUCGCUUUCAUUCAAUCACAUGAACUACUAUGUAGAUAUGCCUGCUGAAAUGAAAAAGCAAGGAAUCCCUGAAGAUCGACUUCAACUACUACAUAAUGUUAGCGGUUCUUUUAGACCAGGCAUAUUGACAGCACUUGUGGGUGUUAGUGGUGCUGGGAAGACAACCCUCAUGGAUGUAUUGGCUGGAAGGAAAACAGGAGGGUACAUUGAAGGAAGUAUUAGCAUCUCUGGUUACCCAAAGAAACAAGAAACAUUUGCUCGUGUUAGCGGUUAUUGCGAACAGAAUGACAUUCAUUCUCCUUAUGUUACUGUAUAUGAAUCGCUAUUAUUUUCAGCAUGGCUUCGACUUCCUUCAGAUGUAAAUAUCCAAACACGAAAGGUGUUUGUUGAGGAAGUUAUGGAGUUGGUUGAGCUUAAAUCGAUUAGAGGUGCUAUAGUAGGCCUUCCAGGCAUAGAUGGUCUUUCAACUGAACAAAGGAAAAGGCUUACUAUUGCUGUAGAAUUGGUUGCUAACCCUUCAAUUAUCUUCAUGGAUGAACCAACAUCUGGGCUUGAUGCUAGAGCUGCUGCAAUUGUUAUGCGAACUGUAAGAAACACAGUAGACACUGGGAGGACAGUUGUGUGCACAAUUCACCAGCCAAGCAUAGAUAUCUUUGAAGCUUUUGAUGAGCUAUUGUUGAUGAAAAGAGGAGGACGAGUCAUCUAUGCUGGACCUCUUGGUCAUCAAUCAAAAAAGCUGGUAGAAUAUUUUGAAGCUAUUGCAGGGGUUCCAAAAAUUAAGGAUGGUUAUAAUCCUGCAACAUGGAUGCUUGAGAUCAGCGCUUCUACAAUGGAGGCUCAACUUAAUGUAGAUUUUGCUGAGGUUUAUGCUAACUCCACCCUUUACCAGAGGAACCAGGAAAUUAUCGAAGAGCUCAGUAUUCCAGCACCAGGUUCCGAAGACUUGUUCUUCCCAACAAAAUAUUCUCAACCGUUUCUUGUACAGUGCAAAGCUUGUUUCUGGAAACAAAACUGGUCCUACUGGAGAAAUCCUCAGUAUAAUGGCACACGAUUCUUCAUGACAUCAAUCAUGGGAGUAAUGUUUGGUUUAAUAUUUUGGCAUGAAGCCAAAAAGACCCACACACAACAAGAUUUAAUGAAUAUUUUGGGAGCCAUAUACGCUUCUGUGAUUUUCCUUGGAAACAUGAACGCUUCCGGAGUGCAACCAGUUGUUGACAUAGAAAGAACUGUCUUGUAUCGUGAAAAAGCAGCAGGGAUGUAUUCUCCAUUGUCCUAUACAUUUGGCCAGGUUGCAAUAGAGGCAAUUUACAACGUAAUUCAAGCGGCUAUUUACUCUCUUGUCCUUUUUUCUAUGAUUGGGUUUGAAUGGAAGGCAGGGAAAUUCUUUUGGUUCUACUACUAUGUAGCAAUGUGUUUUAUCUACUUCACGUUGUAUGGGAUGAUGGUUGUUGCACUAACCCCAAGCCACCAAAUUGCGGCCAUUUGUAUGUCCUUCUUCAUUAGUUUGUGGAACUUGUUCUCUGGCUUCAUCAUUCCAAGAACGCAAAUUCCUAUUUGGUGGAGAUGGUACUAUUGGGCUUCUCCAAUUGCAUGGACUGUGUAUGGCCUUGUUACCUCUCAAUUGGGUAACAAAGAUGGAGAACUGGUGAUCCCAGGAGCACCAAAUAUGGGCCUUAAGGAAUAUCUUAAACAGAGCUUGGGUUAUCACCAUGACUUCCUUCCUGCGGUUGCUGCUGCUCAUGUGGGCUGGGCGCUCCUCUUCAUGUUCAUUUUUGCUUAUAGCAUCAAAUUCUUGAACUUCCAAAAACGAUGA